UUUUGACAUUAGUGUUUUAAAUAAUUUCACUUUUAUUGUUUAGUCAUCUUACUUUGAUAAAAGAAGUUUCCUGUUUUGUCUAGAAUAUUUUGUCACAAUUAUUACGUACUUUAAAUAGUGGCAUUAUACCUUAUUGGCAUUUAGUUUCAAAAUGGAAUUUCCACACCUCGGUCAACACUGCAACGAAUCCACCUGUAAUCGCUUAGAUUUCCUGCCAUUUAAAUGUGAUUCGUGUACUAAAGUGUUUUGUUCAACGCAUUUCAAUUAUGAUAACCACUCGUGUACGGGUCCACGUCGUAAAGAUAUGCAAGUGCCCAUUUGUCCACUGUGUGGUGAACCAGUACCCACAGCGCCAGGUGUCGAACCUGACAUAACAGUGGGUCGCCAUAUUGAUCAACAGUGCAAGUCGGAUACAAAGAAAAUUUAUACAAACCGUUGUAGCUAUAAAAACUGCAAAAAGAAGGAGCUUAUUCCAGUUACGUGUAGAGAAUGUAAAAAGAAUUAUUGUUUGCGUCAUCGACAUACUGCCGAUCACGAAUGUAAUAGGGCAGCUGCUGGAAAUGUAGAUCAACGUGCUUUAGCAGCUACUGCUGCCGAAUAUCGUCGUACCAACAAGCCAACUUCACUGUUCAACGCACAGCCAAAACGUAAUGUAGUACCCACAGGCACACAAGUGCAAAAUAUUCAAGGAAAUAUGUCUGAGGAUGAAGCGCUGGCACGCGCACUCGCGUUAUCGAUUAUGGAAUUGGAUGAAAGUGCGGAUCGCGAACGACGCAAUCAAGCUGCUGGCAACUCUUCUGUACAAGCUAAUCCUACAGUACGUGUUGGCGGUCGUGAUGGACAAACAACAAAUGUCAAGGAUAAAUGUUUACUUUCGUAGUGCGGAUAAAACGAAUUGUUAGAAUUUUAGAUGUUUAAUAGGCUAUAUGAGAUUUGAUUUUUUUUAAUCUAAAGUUAAUAUUUAUGUUUUUUUUUUUGCGAUAUUGAAUGAAUGAAUUAUUAUAUUUGUAAUAUAUUGCGAGGUGUCAAUGCGCAUUUGCAUUUAAUAUAUGAAAUAUUCAAUAAUUUCCAACACGUUUUGUAUGGUAUUGUACAUGCAUCUUUAAUGUAUGUAUAUAAAUAGGUAUUUGUAUUGAGUAUGUAUGCCUAUUUCAUUCUAUUUUGUAAUUAUGCUUAAAGUAGUCGAGUUAAAUUUAGCAUACUAUAAUAGACUAUAACAGUGAUGACGCAUUAUCAGUUUUAGCGAGUCAUUGUUGUAAUUGACUUAAUACGAAUUGUAGUUGUUCGGUUUAAAUAAAAUAGACGCUUAUAAAUGAAAAAAAA